AGCUAGUACUCUGGACCAACCAGGGCGGCAGGUAUCAUGUUGCUCCUCUCAUUCGGUUAUCUAUUGCAGCAGUCUGUUUUGGAUGAACCGAGAAGCAAUGGGUUGUUCGUGGAACGGUGCUGGCCAACUUUUCAACGUCGCUUGACCUUCGAAUUUGUUGUUUAUACUUCAAGGUCCCCUGUGCUCCUCGUUUCUUUCUUCCUCAUCAUGAAAACUGCCCCUCCUCUACUCCGCGGCGAUCGGGUUUUCAGAACAACGUCGGAGAAAAGUCGAAUGAUCCUGGUGUAUACUCUUUUCCCAACCUGACUUCCCACCAACUUCGUUCCGACACCCUGCCCUAAAGGGCGGCUCCUCUGUGUUGUCGUCGAAUCCCGCUAGUUCUCUCGGAUCGCUGAUUUGUCCUCGACCGAGAGGCUGUUGACUCUCGCCAUGCCGCUUAAACAUGAGAUGGAGUUGAUGGAGCUUGACGUGUCGCCCAAACCUAUUUCGGUUACAAGUUCUGAGGACAACGAUGCAACUGCCAAACCACACUAUAACGAACAGAAUCGUCGAUAUUCGACAACAAACCGUCUCAACCCACAAGAGGCUGAACCCGCUGCGCUAGAGGAGACAUCCUAUGCCCAGCAGACAACGGAUCCCGAGACGACGUGGUUGCCAGAUGGUGCUGAUGAUGAAGGCUUCCACGUAGAGGAUGAUAACAAAUAUGCAUCUACUCUUCCUCCUUCUCCCGAGCUCGAGGCAGUUGAAGAUGAAGAGAUGGCGGGUUGGGUCAAAGAACAACAGACAUCUCAACCCAGCCUCCGUCUAUAUCGAGGUUCACCAGGGGAUAUCCUUGUUAUGGCGAGGACGGCUGCUCCCUCUUUCCCGAUAUAUUAUCCCCGCGAGUUGAACAUGGAUGAUGAGUGCUGAUAUGUAUCGCGAUUGGUGUGGGCGUGGCGUGGCCUGCCGGCGGUGACCUUGGUUAAGACGUCGAUGGCCACAUUGUUCGGUCUUUUCGAUACGCCUAUUUAGUA